GGCACCAUAGCCAACCAGCCAGUCAGCACUUGCUGGCACGUUAUCCUCCAACGACGACAGUUCGCGUUCAGUUGAAGAUCGUGCGCGUGGUCAAUCGGUGCGUGCUCCGUGCUCCUUGGUGUAGUGAAAGAAGAUGGAGUUGAUGCCCGGAAUAGUUUACCGGAUGCUGCUGGUGUUCGUUGUGUGCUGUAUCGGUGUGAUCACUGGUCAGGAGAUGACCAUUACCGAAGAUCUGGAAACUUGUAGUCUACUCGAUCAGGGAAAGCUCAACGUGCUCUUUGAUGGAGCAGCGGAUGAGUUCCAAGGGAAGGUGACGGUGCUCUAUAACGUAGCACCACCGAAACCGGAGCAAACGCCGCACAUCUUCGUCAAUCGUGAUCCAAUUCAUUACCACAAAAUCGAUUACCGCGAGCAAAUCGAUCUCUACUACAACCUCUACCAGCGAUUCGACAGUCAGCAGCUUUUCCGGAAUGGUGUUCGGUUUCUGCUGGCCGCCUCACUGCAUCGCGUACCGUAUGAGCUGAAGCAGUACAAUUUCACCGAGUUCUACGCCACCGUUCGCGGGCUGGCAGACGAGCGUAACCUGACCGUCUACCCGAAUCCGCUCACCGAGAAUGGCACGUUUGCGCUGCUCGGACUGCGCGAAUUCCAGGUGUACGUGAUCGAUCGGUGUUCGCGGGUGUCGUACAUCAUUGAGCCACCGUGGAGUUUGAUCCAGUUCUCCUACGUAAAGGCGGCUGUCUUGUCUACGUUCUACGAUCGGCCGUGUGGUAAAUGUGAGUUUGAAAACUACAUUAACUCGACCAUUUCCGACGAAGACAGGAAUCCUAGUCCGGGGGCGAAGGAUGCAACGGCCGGUUGCAUUAAUGGACACGCGACCUCGUGCACGGAAAUGUUUGAGGAAUCGAUCGAAAAUGCGGAAGAAGAUGAAGGUGGCAUGCAGGACAGCGAGGAGGAUGAUGAGGAUAGCUACUCGUACACCCGCACCAAGGAUGAAAGUGAUCCGUUUGCCAAUCUAACAGUGACUGGGCCGGAACUGGUUCUUCCGCUACGUGUGAUACUUCCGGUAAUGCAUAUUCACGUGGAAACGGGAUCCGAGGAAAGUGAGGAAACCAACGAGAACAAAACCGAGGCGGCGAAAUACCGGCUGUACCAAUAUGUGGUGUACCGAUGGAACGACAGUAGCAAUCAUCGAGAUCAUCCCAACGAUCAGGUGGAAAAUGUUGAGCUAGAGGAGGUGUCACUGGUUAAGAAUGCAAUUUCGGAUGCGCUCCCGGAAUCGAACGAAACCGAAUCGAACCAUAUCCGUGUAGGAGGCACGGAGUGGCCGGUUGGUCAGUUACGCGAAAUUCUCAACACAAGCUCCAUUCUGUACCAACCGCAGCAGCAGCGUGUCUUUGAACGUCUUCGUCGGUAUAAUCUUACCGCCCAGCAGCAGUACGAUGAGGUGGCCGAAGUUUCGGUUGCAAAUCGCUAUGCCGCCUGGCUUCGUCGUCGGACACCCGCUAAGCCGGAACAGCAGCGCAAUAAUCGGCGAUCGCAACUUAAGCGACACUAUGCCCGUUUACUACCGUGGCUCAACUGGUCCUUUGGGAAAGCUUUACCGCCCGGGUCGGGAACGAAUGUUAAGGUACGCAACUAAUGGCGGUUUACUAGUUGCUUUCCGGCUAGUUUACUAUUUUAGGAAAUAGAUUGUAAGGUAUGAAAUAAAUAAUUAUA